AUGUCUUGUAAUAAUGACGAAGAAUAUAACUUAGAAAGCUCAGAAUCGGAUAAUUCUCUUCAUGAAAAAGACUUUACAAAGCUACAGCCAUACGAAUUUGAACCUCUUGUGUCUGACGAGGAAGAAGUUAGUAACGGUGUAGAAAAUGACGAGGUUUCUUUUACUGAUGCAGAGCCACGUACGGGUAAUGCAAAUUGGUGUGAAUGUGGAAAUUGUAGAGCAAUGGAAACCGAUACUGAAAGCGUGUGCUGUGUCGAGUCAAACGAAAUUCCUGAUGAGUUUUUCCAAGGUCAUAAAUGCGUUACAGAAGCUGCUGAUUUUCAAGUGGUUGUUUUGACAAAAGCUGUUUUAGAAACUGCGUUAUCUGCAUUGCAUGAUUUGAGAGGAGACACUUUAGAAUUAAAAAAUGAAUCUUAUCGUUACGCUGGUUAUAAACAGUUCACUUGGUGGAUACACAGUCGAUUGGGAAAAGGGGUGAGAAGAGUGAUUCCUUCUUGUGUAGUAUGGGCAAUUCGAAGAAAAUAUCCGGCAGAAGAUGAAAAAUAUGUUUUAUUUAUAGAAAGUUGAAUAAAAAUAAAA